CAGUACACGACGUGGUUCGCUAUCACCGUUGCGGCAAGAGUGCUCCCUAUUGUCACACCCACCUUCCUCCACAGUAUGCCCUCCCGCCGUCUCUACAGUGUGUACAUGCAUUUGACUUUUAUCUUCACGGCUUCUAGAAUGUAUUCCCUCGCAUUCGAUUGUGCUACUAGUAGUGCAGUUAGUACUUCCCGGCGCUCCAAUCUGGCUGACAGCUCUUCAUCCUUUUCGUGUUAAGCAGUUUGUCCAGCACUUUACCCUGUGACCUGCCCGAACGCGUAAUUUACCUUACCUGCAAUAUAUUUUGUACACUUCUAACUGAUCUGCGUUUCCACCUGAUGUAGCCACAUUUCUUUGUUCUCGCGUCUCACACCCGCUACUAACUCUGCGACGGAGGAGUUUUCAUCUCCCUGAGCGCGGUCUAUCCAACACUUACAUGAUGAUCUUUCCAAUGGUGUUCGCAGCCUUUCUUCCAACGCCUUGCUCAUGUUUUAUCUCAGUUUUCAGCUUCGUCGACUCCCGCCCAACUGGUUUCGAUUUUCUCAUUGGCCAAACCCCCAUCCUCAUUGGAAACCUGGAUCACACAUGUAGCGAUGCAACACGGAUGUCAAUUCUACUAAUCCGCACUCACCUAUCACUGCAAAUAUUCAAGAAUACUAUCAAUCGUGGACUCAAUUCUCGGACCUACCGAGACAUCAUUAGUACCAUGCGCCAGGUCCUGCCUGAUCGAUUCCGCAAAUUACUCGAUUGUUCGGCAGCCCUUUAUCUUCCUACCCCACGCUU